AUGUCUAGAAAUGCAAUUUCUCCAUUGUUUUCACGCUCGAUAGUAAACUUUAGCAACAACUUGAUAGCAGUUCCCUUCGACAAGGGCAUCGGCAUUUGUGUUAUGAAAGUUGAAAGUUAUAACAACAAAAUGAACGACAUCAUUGGUUUACCCCAAUUUAAUAAACUUACAUCUAAAAGGAAAAAUGAGAAGAACCCUGUGUUCAAAGAAGAAGAAAGAAUUACAUCUGUCCUGAAAGAGUUAAAAGUGAAGGGAAAAAUCAGUGAACAGCUUUAUGAUAAACUAAAGCCAAUAGGAAGUCAACCACCUAGAAUCUACGGACUUGCUAAAGUACACAAAAAUAACACACCAAUUUUAUCGAUGCCAGGUUCUCUAUAUUACAAACUAGCAAACCAGGUAGCAAAGUGGCUGUCAGUAGUAGAUGAAUGCAACAUCAAUUCUUCCACGAAACAAAUAUCCGAUCUAAUUACACAUCUCCAACUUGCAGAAAAUGAGGAACUUGUGAGUUUUGACGUCACAUCCCUAUAUACAAAUGUACCACUGAACGAAGCAAUUGAUGAUUGUACCAGUCUUUUUUAUUCUGGAAAAUACUCCAGUAGAUCGAGAAACUUUUCAUAA